AAUUCGCAGCCAUUUCUCUCUUCUCUCUCUCUCUCUCUCAGCUUGAAUGCGUAGCCCUUCGGCCUCCUCUCGCUGCUUUUAGGGCUAUCCGAUUCUCCUUUUAAUCAAUCAAUCCCAACAUACCCACAACUUCGAGAAUCGUUAUCUACCCGCAGAGAAGAAGGAUUCGUUAUAAAAGCUUAUCUUUCUGAUCCUCUUUUCUGGGUACUUGAGCUUUGUAUCGAUUGAGAGUGGAUUAUAACAAUUUCUCGACAUGCCAAGGGAGAGAAGGGAUCGUUCUUUAUCUGUAGAUGGGCCUGUCAUGCCUCAUUUCUUGAGCAGCACCAGCAGCAGCAGUUCUAGCCACUCAAAACCAUCAGAAAAUGGCGAAAACAUAAAAGAAUGGGAAGAAGCUCGAUGCCCUGUCUGCAUCGAACAUCCCCACAAUGCAGUCCUCCUCUUAUGUUCGUCCCAUGAUAAAGGCUGCCGACCCUACAUGUGCGACACUAGCUAUCGCCACUCCAACUGUUUCGACAAAUUCUGCAAAUCAUUUGUCGAAUCGAAAAACGAAGGACAACAGCAACAAGACGAAGAAGAUCAAGAAGAAAAUCCCACAACAAUAACCAGCUCUCUUCCUGAGGUUUUGCCUCCUGUCAUCUCCACCCCGGUUUUAUUCGAGAAACAAGUCAAGGAAAACCUUGUCUGCCCGCUCUGCCGCGGGCAGGUGAGUCAAUGGGUGGUGAUGGAGUCUGCCCGGAAUUUCAUGGACUUAAAAACGCGAACAUGCGCAAGCGAGACUUGCGAAUUCACAGGUUCUUACAAAGAUUUAAGAAAACACGCCAGGCUGGAGCACCCAUCGGAGAGGCCUUCAGAGGCGGAUCCUGAGCGACAGAGAAACUGGCGGAGAUUGGAGCGGCAGAGGGAUCUCGGAGACUUGAUCAGCACUCUUCAGUCCUCGACCGGGGAAGAAUGGGCUGAGGAUGGUACUUUACCUAUCGAUGAAGGUGGUUGGCUAACGGUAUUCUUUCUUAUUCGAGUUUUCCGACCAGGAACUAGUUUGAGUCGGAGUAGUAGAACUGCGAGAAUCGGCAGACUCAGAGAACGAGAACAAUCACAAUCACAACCGCAGUCUCUUCAGCCGCCUCAGCCUGCUGUUAGGAGGAGGAGAUCUGCAAGGCUUUGGGGGGAGACACGUAAUAGUAAUGACGAGACUGCCACUGGUUCGAGAGAGAAUAAUAAUACUGAUAGUCAGUCUUCGGAGGAUGGGUUUGGGCCGUGGAGGCGGCAUGUUAGACGGCGUUUUGCCCCUGAAGAAGAUGAAGAAUAAAAGACAAUGAAAAUGGUUUUCUGUGUUUUGCUUGAAUGAUAUGUUUCUCGCAUGAAAGAACAAACAUUGUAUUUCCUUUAUUUUUCCGACCAAUUUACUCUCUUCAGACAUUUUCGGCUUCCCUUCAUUACCUAGUUAAAGAAAGUCUCACCUUAUUUCUUUC